AUGUCGUACACGGCACAGCUAGACGCGUUUGUUUCGCGUCUCAACGACAAUGUCGAUUAUCGGACUGCCCACUCCAUUCUUCUGGAGCUCUUGGACAUGAUUGAGACGUUCAACGGAGCUGCUGAAUACGAGUACUUCUUAAAGAAUCUCGUUCCUAUCUUCAUCAAAAAUCUCGAGGAUGUCCCCAUUUCGUUUGUCAGCACUUCUCCGGAGCAUAAGUUGCGAAACUCUAUAUUGGAGAUUCUCCACCGUUCUAUUAUGAAUGAAACUUUCCAACCUUUUUCAGAACAGAUUCUCGAUGCAUUGACCAAGAUAUUGGUAGACGAGAACGAAGACAAUGGGGUAUUGUGUAUGAAGAUCAUUACCAGCUUGCACAAGGCUUAUAAAACGAAGUUGGCAGAGAAAGUGCUGCCGUUUGUAGAGAUUAUCAGCAAGAUAUAUGACAAUAUGCCGAAGACGGUAGCUGAUGGGUUCUCUAAUAGCGUUGCCAACAACACGGCAAACUCUUCGCAGCUGUCAGAGGACAACGAAGCAGCCAAGGAAAUGUCACCUCCACCUCCUUUCAGCGACGAGAACUCUUCCAAGACAUUGAACAAAGCAAUGUAUUCGUACAAAACACUUGCAGAAUGCCCCAUAACUAUGGUUUCCCUCUAUUCUUCGUACAAAACGCUCGUACAGACGUCUUUACCUGAGUUUUUGCCAAAAAUCAUCGAGAUUUUGGUUCUACAAGUCGAAGAACAACGUGUUUUCAGAGAAGAAGCUUCGAAAAAUAAUAAAAUCACCACAUCUAUAUCGCCCAAAAUCAAGAACAGACAAGCAUACAGUGACUUCAUCUUGGGGCAGGUUAAAGCGGCUUCCUUUUUGGCUUAUGUCUUCAUCAGAGGCUAUGCCAAUCAGCAUUUGACUCCACAACAAUCAGAACAAGUACCCGAUGUAAUCUUGCGAUUGCUCCAGGACUGUCCUGCCGAGCUUUCUGUAGCCAGAAAGGAAUUGUUACAUGCCACCAGACAUAUUUUGUCAACUUCUUUUCGUGCUCAGUUCAUCCCUAAGAUUGAGCUUCUUUUCGAUGAGAAAAUUUUAAUUGGAGAUGGCUUGACUUCUUUUGAAACUUUGAGACCAUUGGCAUAUUCCACCGUGGCAGAUUUCAUCCAUAAUGUCCGUAACGAAUUGACUCCUAAGCAGAUAUGGUCUACAGUUACGAUCUACUGUGAUUUGUUAAAGGACGACUCAUUGGCGUUGACAGUGCAAAUCAUGAGUGCGAAGUUGUUGUUGAACUUGGUGGAACGCAUCAUGAAGUUACCCAACAAGCUUGAGGGCAGACAAUUAUUUAUGAUCAUUAUUGACUCCUAUGCCAAACGGUUCGAAAGCUUGAACAGAAAGUACGACUUUAUCAUUAACAAACACAACGAGUUCGAAAAGAAACGCGGAAUUAAGGAAAUCGAGUCCAAGAAAGCAAUUGCAAGGUAUUCUUCCAAGAUAGCCUCUGAAAACGAAAACGUCAUAAAAGAUGAAAAAAAUGAUACCGAGGACAUAGAAAUGAUAGACGCUGACGAAGAAACUGCUGCCAUCAGCAAAGACACGAAUACAAUUGUAGAACCGAAGAAAGAAAACGAUCAGGAUUUUGAUAUCGAGAAGUUCAUUGAUCUUUUCAACAUUGAAUCAUUCUCCCCUAUUGCAACUUCUCCUUCUAGUACAAAUUCUGACUUAUUGAAGGAUGCACGCUACCUUUUCAGAACGUUGAUGACCUUUUUGAAGUCAGUAAUCUUUGGCUUGAAGAAUUGUAAUCCUCCUGUGCCUCCUCAGCCUACUUCAACUGAUCCUAAGAAUCCUGGUCAAACUGUAAACUACGAUAAAUGGAACGAUUCUGCUAAAUUGCGAUCCUUUGAAGAGGUUAACGUCUUGAGAGCAUUGUUCCGUGGUGGUAUAAGCUGUUUGAGAUUUUUCUCUGUAGCCAAACCAAAGCCAAGUGUGGCUCAAACAAAGGCAUUCGAUUUCUCCACUGGUGGACCAAAUCUCCCUAUAACUUCUUCCAAGGAGGAGAAGGAUCUCAUGGAAAUAUUUGCUACAAUAUUCAUCCAUAUAGCUCCAGCUUCAUUCAACGAAAUCGUCAGUGCUGAACUCCCUUUCAUGUUUGAAAGCAUGUUGGAGAAUGCCGCCUUACUCUACUUGCCGCAGUUUUUCUUAGCCAGUGAAGUUACCUCUGCCAACUUUUCAAGCAUCUUGAUAGCAUUCUUGAGAGAACAUUUGGGACAGUUGGGAAAAGUAGAACUCGUAGAAUCGAAUAUCUUGAUAAGGCUUUUCAAGUUAUGCUUUAUGUCUGUCAACUUGUUCCCUACGGCAAACGAGAGUGUGAUAUUGCCGCAUUUGAAUUACUUGAUAUUGGAAUCUUUGAAGCUUGCUACAAAGGCCGAAGAACCGAUAGUCUAUUCCUAUUUGGUGAGAAUUUUGUUCAGAAGUAUCUGUGGAGGAAGAUUCGAAAAUUUGUACAAAGAAAUCAUGCCCAUCUUACCAGUUCUUUUGGAGAAUCUCAAUAAGAUGAUAGCCAACGCUCGCCGGCCAUACGAGAGAGAAAUAUACGUGGAGUUAUGCCUUACUGUUCCAGUACGACUUUCUGUUCUUGUUCCACAUUUGAACCAUUUGACCAGACCAUUGGUUUAUGCACUUAAUGGGUCACAAGAGUUAGUCAGUCAUGGUUUGCGAACAUUCGAGUUGUGCGUUGAUAAUUUGACAGCAGAAUACUUCGACCCAAUGAUCGAACCAGUGAUUGAUGAAAUCAUGGCUGCUUUGUGGAAACAUCUAGAACCAGUUCCAUACCAUCAUCAACAUUCACAUACUGCUAUCAGAAUCUUGGGUAAGUUGGGUGGUAGAAACCAUAAACACUUCAAGCCUAUCAACAACUUAGUCACGCAAUCAGAAUUGGACCAAGAAAUCAAAGCUUUGUUCCACAUUCAUGGAUUGAAUGGCCAAGUUCCCGUAUCUAUUACUCCAGGUAUUCAGUCUGCUAUCAAGUUGUUGGAGGAUCCUAGAUUGAAAGUGCAUUACAGAAUAAGUUCGUUCAAUUACUUGUCCAGCAUUCUCAAGUUGUUCAUAGAUACUACUCCAAUUCCAGAAAACUACUCCGACUUCAUUGCUCAAGGUGUCGAAUUCUUGCUGCAAGAAAAGAUGAACGAGAGUAUGGAUCUCGAGAAGUCUGGAAUAAAAGACGUUGGUAAAUUAGAUCGCCAACAAAAGUUGUUCUCUAGACUAUUGGAAGUUUUGUUUUUUUCCAUCUCUAUUCCUGAGAUCAAGGACGAAGCCAACGAGUUAAUCGAUGGUAUCACUACGCAUUUCACAUUGUUGUACCUUGGAACUUCUGUUACUGAAAAGGUCAAGAAAAACAGACCAUUCUCAGUAAACGACAACGAAGGUAAAGCAUACAUCAACGAAAAUGCGUUCCUUAAUGCUUUAAACUAUGCUUUGAGUUUCUGGAAUAAAGAAGUCAGAAACAAAGGUAUUGACACCAUAAAGAGAAUAUAUUCCACAACCGUUACCAUUUUUGGUUCUGAUGAAGCUGCUUUGUUUUCACCUGUUUUCCGGUCAAUGUUCUACAAGUUCACGCACUGUUGCUAUAAUGAAUAUUAUUAUUCUAAGUUGGGAGGUAUUCUAGGUCUUACUACUAUGUUUGAGGAUUUAAAUAUACCCGCCAAGUGGUUUUUCAAGCGCCAAUUUGAGCUCGUUAGAUCCAUUUUCUUUAUACUAAGAGACACACCUGAAACUGCUCCAUUUGAGGUAAGGGAUUCUGCCAAGAAGUUAGUUUUGAAACUCCUUCACGAUUGCAACAAGGAUCUAACCAAGGAAGUAAUUUUGGAGAAGCCUUUCCAAACACUAGUAGGAGCAUUGGUGUAUGAUUUGGCUAGUGCAAAUCCACACGUGAGAGAAGUUUCGCAAGAAUCUUUGAAAGUGUUGUCGGACACCACUGGAGUUCCAAUUGCUACCAUAAUGGGACCAUGUAAGCAUCUUCUACUUACACCUAUUUUCGGAAAACCAUUGAGAGCUUUGCCUUUUCCUAUGCAAAUUGGUAAUAUUGAUGCUAUCACAUUCUGCUUGAAUCUUUCAGAUACAUUCUUAACCUUCAACGAGGAAUUGAACAGAUUACUUUUGGAAGCUUUGGCUUUGGUUGAUGCUGAGGAUGAAUCACUUGCUAACGUGCACAGACUCUAUGAAUACAGAACCUCUAACCAAUUGAUAGAGCUACGUGUUGUUUGCAUCAAAUUGCUUUCGCUUGCCUUAACAAAACCUGAUUUCUCGUUGGGUUCGUUAGCUGAAGCUCGUAUUCGUAUUUUGGGUGUCUUCUUUAAAGCAUUGUGCAACAAAUCUACUGAGAUCAUCAAUGCUGCUCAUUUGGGAUUGCAAUCUAGUUUGCAGGAAAAUGCCAAGCUUCCUAAGGAGCUAUUGCAAAACGGUCUUCGUCCCAUGUUGAUGAAUUUGUCUGAUCAUAAGAAGUUGACGGUCUCAGGAUUGGAGGCUCUUGCA